CAAUUCGUCAGUUUUCCGGUGUUUCGUUUCUCAUUCUUGUAGGCUUUGCGUUAGUGUUCGGUUAUUCGUUAUUCCUAUUUCUUAUUAUUACUUCGGUCAGACUACUUGCACUUCGCCAUCGUCAUCAACGACGCGAUUCCGGUUACAGUUCGAUACACAGUUUAACUUUUAUUUUAUUAAACCCCCCGUCGUAAUUCAAUUCGAUUUGCUGUCAUAGUUUUGACUUCCAAACCUGGGCAUGGACCACCGAAAGUCCAUUUGUGCUUUUUGGGCACUGUUAUUCUUAGUCAGCCCUAUUGUGUCUAAAGAGGGAUCAAAAUCCAAAGAUGAACUCGGUACUGUUAUUGGAAUUGAUUUAGGCACAACGUAUUCAUGUGUUGGAGUGUAUAAAAAUGGACGAGUAGAAAUCAUAGCCAAUGACCAAGGUAACAGAAUUACUCCAUCAUAUGUUGCAUUCACCAAAGAAGGAGAACGUCUUAUUGGUGAUGCAGCUAAAAAUCAACUUACUACAAAUCCUGAAAAUACAGUAUUUGAUGCUAAGCGAUUAAUUGGUCGUGAUUGGUCUGAUGUCAAUGUUCAACAUGACGUUAAAUUCUUCCCAUUCAAGGUGGUUGAAAGAAAUACUAAGCCUCACAUUGAAGUUGAAACUAUUGAAGGUACAUCCAAAGUGUUUGCACCUGAAGAAAUUUCUGCUAUGGUAUUAGCAAAGAUGAAAGAAACUGCUGAAGCCUACUUGGGAAAAACUGUAACACAUGCAGUCGUCACUGUACCCGCUUAUUUCAAUGAUGGUCAACGGCAAGCUACUAAAGAUGCAGGAGCUAUUGCUGGUCUUACAGUCAUGAGAAUCAUAAAUGAGCCGACAGCGGCAGCUAUAGCAUAUGGCUUAGAUAAAAGAGAAGGAGAAAAAAAUGUUCUUGUAUUCGAUUUGGGCGGUGGUACCUUUGAUGUAUCAUUGUUGACAAUUGAUAAUGGUGUCUUUGAAGUAGUGUCUACAAAUGGAGAUACUCAUUUGGGUGGAGAAGAUUUUGAUCAAAGAGUAAUGGAUCAUUUCAUUAAGUUGUAUAAGAAGAAGAAGGGUAAGGACAUCAGAAAAGAUAACCGAGCUGUUCAAAAGUUGAGACGUGAAGUCGAAAAGGCCAAACGUGGUCUUUCUGCUAGUCAUCAAGUGCGCAUUGAAAUUGAAAGUUUCUUCGAAGGAGAUGAUUUCUCUGAGACUCUUACUCGUGCCAAAUUUGAAGAACUUAACAUGGAUUUGUUUAGAUCUACCAUGAAACCUGUUCAAAAAGUCAUGGAAGAUGCUGAUAUGAAUAAAAAAGAUAUUGAUGAGAUUGUAUUGGUGGGUGGUAGUACUAGAAUUCCUAAAGUACAACAGCUGGUUAAAGAAUAUUUCAAUGGAAAGGAACCAUCACGUGGUAUUAAUCCAGAUGAAGCUGUAGCUUACGGUGCUGCUGUUCAAGCUGGUGUUUUGUCGGGUGAACAAGAUACAGAUGCAAUCAUUCUUUUGGAUGUAAAUCCCUUAACUAUGGGUAUUGAAACAGUUGGUGGAGUUAUGACUAAAUUGAUUCCACGUAACACAGUUAUACCGACAAAGAAAAGUCAAAUUUUCUCCACUGCUGCUGACAAUCAAAACACUGUAACUAUUCAAGUUUUUGAAGGUGAACGACCAAUGACCAAGGAUAAUCAUCUUCUUGGAAAAUUCGAUCUUACUGGAAUACCACCAGCACCUAGAGGAGUUCCACAAAUUGAAGUUACAUUUGAAAUUGAUGCUAAUGGUAUUCUGCAAGUUAGUGCAGAAGACAAAGGAACUGGUAACAGAGAAAAGAUUGUCAUUACCAAUGAUCAAAAUAGGUUAACUCCAGAUGACAUAGAACGUAUGAUCAAAGAAGCUGAGAAGUUUGCUGAUGAUGACAAAAAAUUGAAGGAACGUGUAGAAUCUAGAAAUGAUCUUGAAUCUUAUGCAUACUCAUUAAAGAAUCAAAUUGGUGAUAAAGAAAAAUUGGGCGGCAAGUUGUCAGAUGCUGAAAAAACGAAAAUGGAAGAAAUUAUUGAUGCUAAGAUUAAAUGGUUAGAUGAAAAUCAAGAUGCUGACCCUGAACAAUACAAAACACAAAAAACCGAAUUGGAGAGUGUUGUCAACCCAAUCAUAUCAAAAUUAUAUGCUAGUACUGGUGGUGUUCCUCCUCCACCAGCUGGAGAUGCUGAAAAAGAUGAACUUUAAAAAUGGAAUAAUUUAUAAAUUUAUUUAUUGUAUAUAAGACUGCUAAGGUUUUACUUCCUUUUGGAUUAUGUAUGUUAAGCAGUUAGGUUAACAAUUAGCUAAUAUAUUUUUUUCUAUGUAUGUAAUUCAUCAUUUUAUAAAUGAUUCGAGUUAUUUGGUUUUUUGUACAAUAAACAUUUAAAAUCCAUUUGAUAACACCGUUAA